GAUAUUCCAUCCGGGCAGAAACAUGGGAUCUGGUGCCAUGAGGAGCUGCAGUAACCAGACCCGAUCGUGGUGAAAUAUUAAGUCUUCAGCCCGACGAUGAGCCUCUUACCCUGCAGCGCCGAGGAGUUCAGCUCGGCGGAGUACUGGGAGAAGUUCUUUAAAAAGCGUGGGGAGAAAGCGUUUGAGUGGUACGGAGACUACAACAGCCUUUGCGGGGUCCUGCAUAAAUACAUCAAAGUCCCCGACCAGGUGAGACAGCAUGUGGACACACACAACAUCCGGUUUCACUCUCACUGUUUGCCUUUAUGAAACAACAUAAAAAAAUCUGCACUUAGUUUAACGAAACCAGCUGUACUUGUGUAUAUAGUCUGUGCCUUCAUUUACAUUAGUUAUCAUUAUAUUGUCCUCUGUUUUUAGAUGUUUACAUACAGUGCCUUGAAAGAGUAUUCAUACCCCUUUAACUUUUUCACAUUUUGUCACUCUACAACCACAAACUUAAAAGUAUUUUAUUGAAAUGUUUUGUCAUAGACCAACACAAAAUAGCACAUAAUUGUGAAGUGGAACGAAAAUUAUAGGGUUUUCAAAAAAAAUUUCAACAAAUAAAAAUCUGAAAAGUGUGGUGUGCAUUUGUAUUCAGCCCCCUGUACUCUGAUAACCCUAAAUAAAAUGCAUUUCAAUCAAUUGCCUUCAGAAGUCACCUAAUUAGUUAAUAGAGUACACCUGUGUGUAAUUUAGUAUCAGCAUAAAUACAACUGUUCUGAGAAGGCCUCAGUGCUUUGUUAGAGAACACUAGUCAACAAAGAGCAUCAUGAAGACCAAGGAACUCACCAGACGGGUCAGGGGAAAAGCUUUGUGGAGAAGUUUAGAGCAGGGUUAAGUUAAAAAAAAAAUAUCCAAAGCUUUGAACAUCUCAAGGAGCACUGUUCAAUCCAUCAUCCAAAAAUGGAAGAAGUAUGCCACGACUGCUAACCUACCAAGACAUGGCCGUCCACCUAAACUGACAGACCGAGCAAGGAGAGCACUGGUGAGAGAAACAGCCAAGAGGCCCAUGGUCACUCUGGAGGAGCUGCAGAAAUCCACAGCUCAGGUGGGAGAAUCUGUCCACAGGACAACUAUAAGUCGUGUACAUCACAAAUCUGGCCUUUAUGGAAGAAUGAAAAGAAGAAAGUCAUUGUUUACAGAAAGACAUAAAAAGUCCCGUUUGCAGUUUGCCACAAGCCAUGUAGGGCACACAGCAAACAUGUGGAAGAAGGUGCUCUGGUCAGAUGAGACCAAAGUUGAACUUUUUGGCCUGAGUGCAAAGUGCUAUGUGUGCCAGAAAAGUAACACUGCUCAUCACCCUGAACACACCAUCCCCACUGUGAAACAUGGUGGUGGCAGCCUCAUGCUGUGGGGAUGAAGAUGGUCAGAGUUGAUGGGAGGAUGGAUAAAGCUAAAUACAGGGCAAUCCUGGAAGAAAACCUGUUGGAGGCCAUAAAUGACUUAACACUGGGAAAGAGAUUCACCUUCCAGCAAGACAAUGACCCUAAACAUACAGCCAGAGCUACAAUGGAAUGGUUUAGAUCAAAGAAUAUUCAUACCUAAAUCCUAUUGAGCAUCUGUGGCAAGACUUGAAAAUUGCUGUUCACAGAUGCUCUCCAUCCAAUCUGGCUGAGCUUGAGAUAUUUUGCAAAGGAGAAUGGGCAAAAAUUUCAGUCUCUAGAUGUUCAAAGCUCGUAGAGACAUACCCCAAAAGACUUGCAGCUGUAAUAUCGGCGAAAUGUGGCUUUACAAAGUAUUGACACAGGGGGCUAAAUACAAAUGCACACCACACUUUCAGAUUUUUAUUUGUUUAAAUUUUUGAAAACCAUGUAUAAUUUUGAUUCCACUUCACAAUUAUGUGUUACUUUGUGUUGGUCUAUGACAAAAAAUUUCAAUAAAAUACUUUUAAGUUUGUGGUUGUAGAAUGGCAAAAUAUGAAAAAGAUCAAGGGGUAUAAAUACUUUUUCAAGGCACUGUAAACCCUCUGCUCGUAGAACAUUUUAAAUAUAGUGUAGUGUCUUGUGUUUAAACUGUAAAUUAUAAAUGACAUUUUUGUUGUGUGUUUUAGGUUUUGGUGGUGGGUUGUGGGAACUCUGAGCUGAGCGAGCAGCUGUAUGAUGUGGGCUACAAACACCUAACUAACAUUGACAUCAGUGAGACGGUGGUAACGCACAUGAGCCAGAGGAAUGCCGAGCGGCGGCCUGGUCUCAUCUUCCAGCAGGUGGAUGCCACACAGACUCCAUAUGAGGACAGCAGCUUCCAGGCGGUUCUGGACAAGGGCACACUGGACGCCAUGGCGUCUGAAGAGGAGGGGAUGCUGGCCAGGAGCAUGCUCACUGAGGUUAGAAAGAAACCAGUCUGGAAGGGUAGAGUAGUCCUGGCUUUUUCUUUUGACAGGCUUGUGAACAUAUUUUUCUUUAUUCUUACAGGUGGGCCGGGUGCUGAGUGUUGGCGGACGGUAUGUCUGUGUGACUCUAGCUCAGGAGAGCGUGAUCCGGCUGGCGGUGGAGCACUUUGUUCAGCUAGGCUGGGCAGUGAGGCUGCACUGUCUGCAGGAGGAGUGUGGGAAAGAGGAGGACUCCUUUGCUCUCCCUGUCUUUGUUCUGGUCUGCACCAAGUUCAGGCAGCCAAUGCCCUCCCCCAUACUGGAGAUGUGUUUGGGUGAGGAUGGAGCUCCCACUCGUCUCUCACGGGUGCCUGAGCUGCUGUCGGCUGUGAGGGAGCGUCAGGCAUACUCAGUCCUGAGAAAGAGGCUGAGGACAGAGACAGACUCCAGCUCAAACCUCUCUCUCACACUCUCCCACGUAAAGACUGGCCUCCCCAGAUACACCCUCACUAUCCAGGACUGUCCCCCUGGUGCCAAGGUGCCCAGAUCAAACCAGUUUGCUGUUUUUAUUGGUAAGUUCUCCUGCUGUUUCCUCAUAUUUGUACCCUUGUUUAUGGGUCACUGUGGUUAACACUCUGAUCAUCCUGCAGUCCCUCAGGGCAGUGAGACAGCGUGGCUCUACAGUUCCACUGAGGGCAGGAAGCAGCUAGCAGCCAGCGCUAACUUCAGACGCCUGGUGGUUGUGGCGAUGCACAGAAAUCAGGAGUACACUGACAUGCAGGCGGUCCAGUCUGAAUUGUCCCCCAUGGUGAUGGACCUGGCUCCCCCAGGCAUGCCAGCCAACCAGCAGGUCAGCUAACACCUGUGUUAGUUUAGAGAAACUCUCUUAAAACAUUCAGUGUAUAAACAUGCGCGCUCUCUCUCCUCCAGGUGCCAUUUCUGUCUGUUGGCGGUGACCUUGGAUGGCGAGAGGAGGUCAGCAGGGGCGUGAGUGAGCUGAGUGGGGAGUACUGCGUAGAAAACGUCAGAGGGGAAGAUGGAGAGCUGUACCGGAGACUCAUUUUCCUCUCCAAUGCCACCCUCGUCCAAUCAGAGAGCCGCCUGGUCUCUUCACAUACAGGUCAGCUCACUUACUUUGUUUCAAUUUUAAUUCUAACAAAAAAAGCAAAUCAAAAUGUGCAAAUACAUGAAAUUGGAAGAACAUGAUCAAAAAAUGAGUUCAUAUUAACCAUGUUCCACUAAAAAUGUUUGUAUUAAUUUUGAAACCCCUCAUAGAUAAAUCCUGACUGAUUUUAUCCUGAACAUGUUCUUUAAGUGUUUCUUGGAAAAAGUAAGUCCCAUCCCUACUAUUUCUACUCGCCAAAUGUAUCUUUAAUUUGGUCUUUGUAAGACACUCACCUUCAGAACACAGUUAGUGUGCUCUGUAUCGCAGUAUAGGCUUCAUUUUUUGCACAGCAAGGCCACCUUGAAUGCCAAGAAGUGGUGAUAGAGAGGAGGAUGUUGCCAAAGCAACAUAUAAUCUUCCACCACCAACUCCAUAACAUGCUGCUUAAACACAGGAGCGCAUUCAGUGCUAGACUCAUCCCCCCUGAAUGCACCACAGAGCGUCACAGGAAGUCAUUCUUGCCACACGUAGCAGCCAUAAGCCUCAAUCACGUCAUAUAUUGACAUUUAACUGUGCAAUCUGUUUGUAAACCAGUCAAAAUUUCAAUCAUUUUAGGAAUACAACACGGAUGAUGACAUUGUUUAUGAAGCUACUCUGUGCAAUAUUCUGUUUAACUGUCCAAUACUUAGUUAAACUGUACAAUACUCUGUGCAAUAUCCUGCAGCACAAACUGGUUUUGUAUAAACUCUUAUGCUUGUACAUGGUUUAUUUUUUUAAACACUGCACUUGCUGUAUUUUUAAUAUUCUGCCCAUUUUACUAACCGUUGCCAUUUCGUAUUUGUUCUCACACAUUCCAAUUUCUACUUCCAUUAAUAUUUUAUAUUUUCAAGAGUAAGUGGAAUGCUGUUAUGGCUAAAUCAAAAAAAUAGUAAGUAUUUCAUGUCAACAGUUGAAAGAGGUUGAAGUUAAUACUGAAUAUUUGUGUCAUUUCAGCAUCAAGUCAGAAGAAGAAAAACAAAAAGAAGGUGAAGCAAACAGCUGCUCCAAAACCUUCUUUGUCUCUGUCUGUGGACAGUGGCUUUCUGUGCUGUGCUCAUCAUGAGGUCAUGGUGGCGGGACUCGCUAUGCUGGGGGUGGGAACGCCACAGAGCAAAGGUUAGUUCGGGCAUGUUUUCAAAGCAGAUCAAACAGUCUGAAACAUCCCUCUUUAUCAAUCUUCACCUGUGUUUCUUUGCUUCAGAUGCCCCUCUGUCGGUGCACCUGGUGGGGCUGGGCGGAGGAAGUCUGCCUCAGUUCCUGCGGGACUUUGUGCCAAAUGUUUCAGUGGAGGUGGUGGAGCUGGACCCCGUCGUGUUCGAGGUGGCGAAGGAGUGGUUCGCGUUCAGGCCUGAUGAUCGACUCACGGUCACUCUCGGGGACGGCCUUGAACGCAUCACUGCCCUGCAGGCAGAAGGUCAGUGAAGUGGACAGGUAGCAGUGAAGACACAACUGUGGGUAUGAAAAGAACACCAGGAAAUGGCUUUAACUUUCCCUCUCUGCAGGUUCUCGACUGUUUGAUGUCGUCAUGUUUGACGUGGACAGUAAAGACAGCUCUGUGGGGAUGAGCUGUCCUCCUGCUGCCUUUGUGGAAACAUCGAUACUGCAGAAAGUCCGCUCAUUGCUGACCCCUAGAGGUACUCUGACUCAUAUUGUUCCCUCAAAUACUGCCAUCUCAUGUUGGGAUAUUUCACUGGUUUGCAAUGUAUGAUUCACAGACCUGUAAUGGAGGGACAAAGUUUCACAGCUCUUCCCUAGGAGGUAGCUGCAAAGGCAUUACUGAGGGGGAGACAGUGGCAAUGUGUAGCAUUUUAACCAGCUGCACAGUGUGCAAAUGCAUGCUCAAGUUUGUGCAUAGCAUUGAGUCUUAAGCAUUUCAGCUCCUAAGAGAGCUGCUAAUGUGAAAACUCUUAGAUUGAGUGAGGGUGACUUAAGGAGAGUGAAGAGUUUCUCACGCUGAGGAGGAAAUAACAGAAAGAUGAUGAAAUAGGAGAAAUGCGCUAAGUAAGUUGAUACUGAAGAUUAGAUCAUGCAGAGAUCAUGGUUGUGCGUUUGUCGACAAUGAAACAGUGUAAUAUCACCGGAAAGGAAGUGAUCACAAGAUAUUUGGCAAAUGGAGAAAUGCAACACUUUUACUUGCAGUUUGCUAUUAAAGAGGAAACAAAAAAACAUGGACAGCAGCAAGCAGCACAAACCGAUCAAACAACAUUUAAAGGUUCAUAUUCACCACCAGUCAUCACUCUGCAGCCAGUGCAUUUUAGCACAGGUAGUGAAUAUGAUCGGCCUGCACAGGUGUGAUAAAGCUACAGUAAGUGUGAGGAACACUACUGUAACUACCAGCAUGUAAAGAGUCUACAGAGAAGUGAACAUGGCUUUCAAACAUUUGUAACCUUUGGUCUUAUUUUUAGAGUUUGGCUUCCAGUUUAUUCAGCAGGGAUAAAAAUUGCAUUAAAAAUGUUGGUUAAAACUGUCUAGUUCCAAUAUCGGCUGUUGUGUGUUGUUAGUUGAAGGUUUAUUAGUUUUUUUGUAGAAAUUUUCCUAGUUUCUCUCCAGUUGUUGUUACAAAACAAAGAUUGUUCCAUCUUUGCCUUGUUGCUGAUUGAUCAAAGUGAAUUAAUAACAUUACUAUUUGUCAUAUUUCAUAUUUUUACAGGAUUUGCACCCUGAAACAUAGUCACAUGUUGAAGGGUUUUCUUUUCAAUGCUUCAUUUGUGUCGUUUUGUUUUAUCUGGUCCAGGUUUGUUCAUGUUGAACUUGGUGUGUCGGGACUCGGCGCUGAGGAAAAGUGUGUUGGAGCGACUUAGCGCUGUUUUUCCCACCAUCCUCUCCAGAAAAAUCGAAGAUGAGGUCAACGAGGUCCUGCUGUGCUCACCUGGAGAAAACAAGACGUUGGACGCUGCUCACAUCCUUCAAUCCGUGAAGCAGGCGGGUGAGAGUCUGCAGACCGCUUUGAGGUCAGGGACCAGCAGGAAGCCUCAUAUAGACAUUACAGAGCUAUUAAAGGACCUGAAAAUAGAGUGAAGAUGGGGAAGGUAGCAGGAUUACAUCACAUGUCUGGACUGAAUCAUCAGAGUCUUUGGUUUGGUUAUCUCUUCAAUUCAAAGAAGGUGAAAUGCUGUGUAAUAUUUAAAUUAAAUCAGAUUUUUGAUGGUUUCCCAAUCAUUCAUAAUGCAUUUUAACUAAAAAAAAAGUGCAAAGACAACAUUUCAAAUGUUGAAAUCGAAAUGGUUUGUUGUUUUAUGAAAAAUUUCUGAGUCAUAUUUCUUAUUAUGUCAUCGGCUCUUCUUUUCCCAACACUCAGUAAAGGUUAGAGAACCCUAGAGACCAGUUUGUGUCAUGUGGAAAGUGAAACAUCGUCCCAUUCUUGCCUAAUAGAGGAUUUCAACUGCUCAUGGUCUCUCUCAUCCUAUUUUUUGUGCCAUGAUGCUCUACAUGUUGUCAAUAGGCCACAAGCCAGGACUGCAGACAGGCCAAUAUAGCAGCAGGACUCUUCUACUACAGAGCCAUGCUGUUGUUAUCCCUGCAGAAUGUGGUUUGUCAUUGUCUUGCUGAAAUAUGAAAGUCAUCCCUGAAAAAGUCACUUUGGAAGGCAACAUAUGUUGCUUCCAAACCUCUCUAUAUUGUUCAGUAUUAGUGGAUCCUUCACAGAUGGGUAAGCUAUGCAUGACACUGACAUGGACACUUGUAAUCCCCAUACCAUCAGGAAUGCUGACUUUGAACUGAGAGCUGAUAACGAACUGGGAGGUCCCUCUACUCUUUAGGAUGGAGUGUGAAGCGUCCAUGGUUUCCAAAGUGAAUGUCAGAUUGGUUGAGGGCCUGAAGAUCAGGUCCAUCCAGUAUUGGUUUCAGUUCUUGUUUCUUUUGUACAGAGAUUUCUCCAGAUUCUCUGAAUCUUUUAAUAAUAGUAUGUUCUGUAGAUGAUGAAAUCCACUAAUUCUUUAACAUUUGACACUCAGGAACAGUAUUCUGAAACUGUUGUACUAUUAGCUCUCGUGGUUUCUCACAGAGUGGUGAACCACUUCCCAUUUUUCCUUCUGAGAGACUCAGCCUCUCUGAAUGUCCUUCUUAUACCUAGUUCGGUUUCUAACCUGUUGUUAAUUAACCUCAUUAGUUGAAGCGAUGUUGCUCCAGCUGUUUUUUUUUUCUUUCACAUGAGAACUUUUUACCUGUUUGGCUGUUCCUCUAAUAACUUCUAGAAACAUGUCGCUGCCAACCAAUUAAACGUACGCAUACAUUUUUGAUUUUACAAUUUUCGAUUUCAGUAUUGGAUAUGUUGUUUUUGCACAGUCUAUAGUUAUAUCAUGUAGAGUGUAAAUGAUAUGCUAAAAUCAGAUACUGUUCUGAGUCUUCAGUAAAGACCAUUACUAUCUUUGAGAUGUUAAUGUGACGGUUUUUCCACAGUGGUGUCAGAUAUAAAUGAGUGUUCAGACCUUCA